CUUCAGUAUAUUGUCAUUUGAAUUCGACCUUACUUAGCUCCAAGUACUCUUCACUCAUCCACUCUGCUGAGCACUACACUAUAAUCCCUACUUUCUGACUUCUUGACGAAAACCCCCAUCAAAAUGCCCUCCAAAAACAACAACAACAACUACACCGACCCCGAACUCCGCCAGGAGGUCAAAGAGGAAGUACAGCAAGGCGACAAGGGCGGGAAACCCGGCCAAUGGUCUGCGCGGAAGGCUCAACUCACGGCCCAAGAAUACAAAUCCCGGGGCGGGGACUACACGACCAGCAAGGACGAGCAGUCGCAAUCCCAAAAGAACCUGUCGCAGUGGGGCGCGGAGGACUGGGUGACCAAGGAAGGGUCGGGGACGGCCAAGACCGACAAAUCCGCGGCGGACGGCGGGCCGCGGAAGCGAUAUCUGCCCCGCGAGGCGUGGGAGGAGAUGAGUGAGGGGGAGAAGGAGGCGACGGAGAGGAAGAAGGUGGAGGAGGGGCAGGAGGGGGAGGGGAAGCAGUUUGUGGGGAAUACGGAGGGGGCGAAGAGGAAGAGGGGGGAGGUUUCGAGGCGGACUGGGAAUAAUGAAGAGAAUAAGGAAGAGGAGGGGGAGGGGGAGGGUGGUGAGGGUGAAAGUGCGGGUGAGGGUGAAAGUGCGGGUGAAAGUGCGGGUGAGGGUGAGGGUGAGGAGGAGGAGGGCGAGGAGAAAGGGAAGGAUAAGGGUAAGGGUACUGCUAAGGGUACUGUUAAGGGGAAGAAGGAUGUGAAGAGAGAUUCCAAGAAAAAAAAUGCGGACAAGAAAGACCAGCAAGAGGAUGAGGAGCAGAAUGACGGGGAGAAUGAAGACGAGGAUCUAGAUGAGGAUGAUGAAGAGUACCAAGAAGAAGAAGGUGAAGGAGAAGACGAAGACGAGGAAGGAAAAGAAGAAGGAGUGGAGGAGCAGGUGGGCGAUGACGAGGAAGCGGAAGGCGAUGCCCCCGACAAAAAGAAGCAAAAGACGAAGUAA